CCGCCCCGUCCCCGUCCUCCGCCCCCGCGGGUAGGGAAGUGGAGGGACCUCGCGGGCUGGAUUCCUGCCUCCGCCCGCGCUGCCCGGCUCUUGUCCCUCGACGGCCGCUGCUGCUUCCUCGGGCUGGUCGUCCCGGCUCCCCCGCACGCACGAGGUCGAGUCCUCGGGGCCUGCGUGGGGACGGAUCCGCCGCGGUGGCUGUUCCGAGCCGGGCUGCGCGGGAGGGUCCGGAGGCGGCGGCCCGGCUGCGCGGGGGCGUGGGUCGGCCUCUAUCCAGUCGGGGCGGAGCCCGCAGCGGGCUGCCAGAGCUUAGAGGCCCAGGCGAUCUCAGCCAUGGGCAGGGGGUCCCCGAGAACGCAGGGGUCGCUGCUGCUGCUGCUGCUGCUGCUGCUGCUGCUGCUGUCGCCUUGGCCAGUGCCCUGUGCCUUCGUGCUUCCAGGAAACACUCCUGGAGAGCCUGUUACUCCCCAGUGGGUCUUGGAUGGACCACCCUGGCGCAGAGUUACCCUGGAAGAGCCGAUCUUGAAACUCAACUCGGGCUUGGUGGUCUUGGAGGCUGAAGGCCAGGAGCUCCUGCUUGAGUUGGAGAAGAACCACAGGCUGUUGGCCCCGGGAUACACAGAAACCCACUACAGCCCAGAUGGGCAGCCAGUGGUGCUGGUCCCCAACCACACGGAUCAUUGUCACUACCAUGGGCAUGUGAGAGGCUUCCCUCAUUCUUGGGUAGUCCUCAGCACCUGCUCUGGGAUGAGGGGCCUAAUCAGGCUCAGCAGCAAUGCCAGCUAUUAUCUGCAUCCUUGGCCAUCUGAGGAUUCUGAGGACCUCUCAACCCACAAGAUCUUCCGCAUGGAUCAACUGCUCACUUGGAAAGGGGCCUGCAGCUACAGGGACCUCAAGGACAAACCAGAAAUGGCCAGCCUUCUUCCUGCCCUCCAGAGCAGGGAGAGGCGAGAGUCCCACAGGAGUCCGAGGUACCUGGAGCUGUACAUAGUGGCAGACCACACCCUGUUCUUGAUCCAGCACCGGAACUUGAACCACACCAAACAGCGUCUUUUAGAGGUCGCCAGUUAUGUGGAACAGAUUCUUAGGACUCUGGACAUUCAGUUGGUGCUGACUGGCCUGGAGGUGUGGACUGAGCAGGACCGCAGCCGCGUCACGCCUGACGCGAAUGCCACGCUCUGGGCCUUCCUGCAGUGGCGCCGGGGGGUGUGGACUCGGCGGCCACAUGACUCAGCGCAGUUGCUCACGGGCCGCACCUUCCUGGGAACCACUGUGGGCCUGGCGCCAGUCAAUGGCAUGUGCCGCGUCGACAGCUCUGGAGGCGUGACCAUGGACCACUCGGAGCUCCCCAUUGGCCCUGCGGCCACCAUGGCCCACGAGAUAGGGCACAGCCUUGGCCUCAGCCAUGACCCAGACGGCUGCUGCGUGGAGGCCAUGGCAGAUGAGGGCGGCUGCGUGAUGGCUGAGGCCACUGGGCACCCGUUCCCGCGAGUGUUCAGCGCCUGCAGCCGCCGCCAGCUGCGCGCCUUCUUCCGAAAGGGAGGUGGCGCGUGCCUUUCAAAUGCCCCGGACCUUAGGCUCCUGUUGCCGUCGGCGCGCUGCGGGAACGGCUUCGUGGAGGCCGGCGAAGACUGCGACUGUGGCUCCAGCCAGAAGUGCCCAGACCCCUGCUGCAUCGCCCAUAACUGUUCACUGCGUGCGGGGGCCCAGUGCGCUCACGGGGGCUGUUGUUCCGGCUGCCUGCUGAAGCCAGCAGGCACGCCGUGUCGCCAGGCUGCAGGCGACUGUGACCUCCCCGAAUUCUGCACCGGAACCUCCCCACACUGUCCCCGGGACAUUUACCUACUGGAUGGUUCGCCCUGCGCCAAUGGCAGAGGCUACUGCCAGGACGGCGCAUGUCCCACGCUGGAGCAGCAGUGCCAGCAGCUCUGGGGGCCUGGGUCUCGCCCAGCCCCAGAGGCCUGUUUCCAGAUGGUGAACUCUGCGGGAGAUGCCCAUGGUAACUGUGGCCAGGACAACGACAGCCGCUUCCUGCCUUGUGCACAGAAGGAUGCUCAGUGUGGGAAGCUGCAGUGCCAAGGUGGGGAGCUGAGUCCACAAGUGCCAUACAUGGUGCCGGUGGACUCCAUGGUUCCCUUAGAGGGUGGUGAGGUGGCCUGUCGGGGAGCCUUGGCACUUCCAGAAGCCCAGCUGGAUCUACUUGACUUGGGCCUGGUAGAGGCGGGGACUCAGUGUGGACCUAAAAUGGUGUGCCAGGACAGGCGCUGCCAGAAUGCUACCUUCCAGGAAUUGGAGAACUGCCUGACUGCCUGCCACAACCAGGGAGUUUGCAAUAGCAACCAUAAUUGCCACUGUGCUCCGGGCUGGGCCCCACCCUUCUGUGACAAGCCUGGCUUCGGUGGUAGUGUGGACAGUGGCCCUGUGCAGCCUGAAAAGAAGGAUGCCUUCCUGCUAGCCAUGCUCCUCAGCUUUCUACUGCCUCUACUCCCUGGGGCAGGCCUGGCCUGGUGCUGCUACCGGCUCCCAGGAUUCCAUCUCCAGCAAUGCCCUUGGGGCUGCAGGAGGGAUCUCUUGUGCAGUAGGCCCAAAGAUGGCUCAUGCAAGGACAACCCCCUGGGCAGUGUUUACUCCAUGGAGUUGGGCCCCACAGUCAUUGGAGAGUCCCAGGCCCUGGCCACCUUGAGUCCCUGUCCCAGCCACAGGGGCUCCUGCCAACUGUGCUCACAGCAUUCAUCCUCCACUAUUGCUCUCAGACCCUGUGAACUCUGCCAGAGCCCAACAGCCACCCUGAGAAGUCUGUGCCCUAUAGCUCUGCCUGAACCCCAAGGUUAAGUCUAGAAACCAAGUCCCUGUCUCUGGGGAGAGGUGGCAUUCUGCUGUGUGACAUCUGAUGAGAUGAGAAUUAAAGACAAGUGACCAUUGACUCCAGAAACUUGGACUAAGGGCAGAGCCAGCACCUUCUGGCUGGCUCAGAGUGACUUGCUUUACCUUCUGCAGCUUUUUAGUUUCUUCCACCAGUUGAGCUCUGCCCCUCCUACUCCAAGACCCUAAAGCCUUAUCAGAAGUUACCUCUGCCAUGUUGUCCCCAGCCCUGAGGGCUAGGGUGUCCUGGGUACAUCCUCCAUUCCAAGAAUCCAUCAGCAAAAGAGUAAAGGUCCUGCAGUCCCCAACCUCUCCCACAUUGGGUACCCAGAGACCAUUGUCCUGGGAGCCCGACUGUGUCUCUCAUUUUCCCCAGCUGCAGCUCUGUGGAGGGCAGAAAUUCCUCGAGCCCUGCCUUUCAGAUUUUAGUCCACACUUUCCUAAAGCUUGGCCCUGCAAGAAAAGCAAGCAAACAAACAAGCACAAUCGUUGGGACCUUCUUCCUGUCUUCUCUGCCCUGUCUUAUGCCCUGGAUAUUUCCUCAGUCCCCAACCCCAUUUCUAGCUCACCACCAGAAGUUGUGGUGGGGUGACAUGUAAGACAUGCUGUCCUGAGGCCUUUUCAAAAGGUGGCAAAUGGUGGGUGGAACAUUUGAUGGCAGCCAGUACUAUAGGCACAUAUCUGAGCCUAAGAGUGUGUUGCCCGGCUUGAAGAACCCUUUUGGCCUGCCAUUUUCUGCCCCCUCCAAUGUCCUCAUUCCUUUGUUAUUUCUUUCAAGAAUUGGCUUCUAUAUCAGGCAUCUGUUGCUGCAUAAUAAAACUACCCCAAACUGAGGGUCUUAAAACAAUAAGCAGCAAAAACAGAUUUCAGAGAAAAAUGAAUUGGGAAAAUUUUGCAACCUACCAUCCCUUCAGUUAGAAGCUAAAAAAGUGACAGCUUAUCUAUAGAUCUGUAAUCAUUCCAAUAAACCACAUAGUUCUUUUUAUUUUUGAA